CGCCGUGCAUGCCCACUUCUCCUUCUCAGGAGCAGGAGGAGCUGACUUGAUGCGCAUAAUAAAUCCACCCUUUGCAUGAUCUUCCUUUCCGACCAACGCGCGUUGGAUUUGAGAGCGUUAAAACACCGGCGAGGCUCGAGCCUCAAACUGGGGAUGUUUCAAAUGUGAUUCAACGCGGCAAACAACGUUUUCCAUGGAGGAUCACUCUGUCGCUUUUUCUGCCGGGGCUGGAUUUGAUUUCUGCUGGUCUCAAGAUAUUUCAAGAUAAGAGGUCAAGCUCCCCUGUCUCAGGGAAUACGAGUGCCAUUUCAAAGCUUAUUGGAUGAAAGUCUCAUUUGCCCUUGGUGGCCAAAGAUGACGUUGCCAUGGAAACAGCUUCUACUGUUAUCAAUCAUCGACUGUCUGGCAGAUUGUCUGGACAGCGGAUCCUACCAUGGUCCAAGAUGGAGGAUGGAGCCGGGGGACUUGUUCAUUCCUAUCGACUCCAUAGAAGAAGAAGCCACUCUGACCUGUGACGCAAAGGGAACGCCACCUCCUCAGUACAGAUGGUCAUUGAAUGGGACUCUCAUAAAUCUGGGCCUGGAUCGCCGGCGGCGUCUGUCUGGGGGCAACCUCAUUAUAAGCAGCCUGGACCGCUACCAGGACGUAGGAAUGUACCAGUGUAUGGCGUUCAACGCGGCAGGAGCUGUCCUCAGCAGGAGGGCAAGUCUGCAGUUUGCUUACUUGGAUCACUUCAAAGUCCACACCAGAAGCGCAGUGUCAGUCCGCGAGGGACAAGGAGUGGUGCUUCUUUGUGGAACGCCCACUUCCUCGGGAGACCUUACGUAUGCAUGGGUCUUCAACGAGUACCCCUACUUUGUUCAACAAGACAAUCGGCGUUUCGUCUCCCAGCAGACGGGAAACCUGUACAUCGCCAAGGUGGAGGCCUCCGACGUGGGCAACUACACCUGCGUCGUGAUGAACAGCGUGACAAAGGGCAAAGUUCAGAGUUCGCCCACGUCUCUGAUCCUCAGGACAGACGGUGUGAUGGGUGAAUACGAGCCGAAAAUAGAAGUUAAUUUCCCAGACAAUGUGCCCGCUGCAAAAGGAUCAACAGUUACGCUGGAGUGUUUCGCCCUCGGGAACCCCGUCCCAGAAAUCACCUGGAAGAGGGCUAACGGCGUUCCCUUCCCCAGCAAAGUCAAAAUGAAGUACUCGAACGCGGUGCUAGAGAUCCCCAGCUUCCAGCAGGAGGACACCGGAGGAUACGAGUGUGUGGCUGAGAACAAGAUGGGCAAGAACAUAGCCACUGGUCGACUGGCAUUCUACGCCAAGCCUCAGUGGAUGCAGGCCAUGAAGGACACAGCCCUGGCCAUAGAGGAGAGACUGUACUGGGAAUGCCGAGCCAACGGCAAGCCCAAACCCUCCUACACAUGGCUGAAGAACGGCCAGCAGCUGCUCUCGGAGGACAGAAUCCGUGUAGAGGACGGAGUCCUGUCAGUGUCGGCGCUGACCCUCUCCGACGCCGGCAUGUACCAGUGCGUGGCUGAGAAUAAACACGGCGUCAUAUACUUUGCUGCUGAACUAAUGGUUUUAGCCUCUCCUCCAGACUUCACAGGGAACGUCCUCAGAGCUUUGCUCAAAGCCAAGGCAGGAACUACCGUGACUUUGGAGUGUAAACCCCAGGCCUACCCGACCGCCAGCAUUCUAUGGAAGAAAGGAAACCUGCCCAUCCAAACAAGUGACAGGAUCACACUUUCCCCAGAUGGAACAUUGAGACUUGCCAAUGUGAGCAAGUCGGAUGCAGGCAGCUAUACGUGCUUCGCUAGGAACAGAUUUGGCAUGUCGAGUACAACUGGAAGGCUCCUCGUUACCGAUCCAACCGGAAUCACCCAGGGGCCGGUGGAUAUGGAGAUCAUCGUGGGCGAGAGCAUCGUGCUACCCUGUCAGGUCACCAGUGACCCCGUCCUUGACAUUUCUUUCUCCUGGGCCUUCAACGGACAGCUCAUCGCCAAGGGAGACGGUCACUUUGAGCUAGUGGGCGGGAGAACAGCAGGAGAUCUGAUGAUCAGGAACAUUCAGCUUUACCAUGCCGGCAAAUAUAUCUGUGUGGUGGACACGGACGUGGAGAGCCUGUCAGCCGUGGCUGUAUUGAUUGUCAAAGGCCCCCCGAGUCCUCCAGAAUCCGUGACGGUGGAGGAGGUGACGGACAGCACGGCCCAGCUGGCCUGGAGUCCCGGCAGAGACAACGGCAGCCCGAUCACACAUUACCUCAUCCAGACUAGGACCCCCUUCACCGUGGGCUGGCAGAGGGUUAAUACAGUCCCAGAAUUAAUCGAUGGGAACACGCUGACAGCCACUGUAGUGGACCUUAACGCCUGGGUGGAGUAUGAGUUUAGGGUUUUGGCCAAAAACAGUGUCGGGGUUGGAGAACCAAGCCCCGUGUCGGUCAAGACCAGGACGGAGGAUGCAGUUCCCGAUGCAGCACCGGGUGACACGGGUGGAGGAGGCGGGAGCAGAGCGGAACUGGUCAUCACAUGGGAGCCUGUCCCCGAAGAACUACAGAAUGGCGAGAGCUUCGGCUACAUCAUUGCUUUCCGCGCCUUCGGAGAAGUUAGCUGGACUCACGUGGCCACCUCCGCCCCCGGUGCGUCGCGUUACGUGUACCGCAACGACAGCAUCGCGCCCUUCUCUCCGUUUCACGUCAAGGUUGGCACUUACAACAGCAAAGGACAGGGCCCGUUCAGCCCCGUGGUCACCAUCUACUCUGCAGAGACGGAGCCGAGCGGGAUGCCAGCGGGAGUUUGGGCCAGAAGUGUCUCAGCCUCUGAGAUUGAGGUGAAUUGGCAGCCUCUCUCCUUCUCCCCGGAAAGGGUUCUGGGCUAUGAGGUGGCGUACUGGGAGGACGACACUAAACCAGAGACCAUGGGGAAGGUGAGGGUGCCUUGGAACCAAACCUCAGUCACGGUGAGCGGCCUGGCGGGGAACACGCAGUAUUUCCUAACGGUCAGCGCCUUCAACACCGCGGGCACCGGCCCCUUCCUCCCCGCCAUCAAUGUCACCAGCAAAAAGCCACCGCCAUCCCAACCGCCGCUGAACGUCGAAUGGACCCUAAUCGGCUCUGAGCUGUCCCUCUACUGGGAACCUGUGGUGGCAACGGAAUCAGAAUCGGAGGUUACAGGCUACCAACUGUCAUACAGGAGACAGAGGCACAAAGAGGUAAACAAACUCACAACAGCCAAUUCCACUGCCGAGCUGACCCUCGGCGAGGAAGAUGACGACUACAUCAUCCACAUCCAGACGCUGAGCGAAGGGGGGCUCGGCCCGGCCUCGGACCCCAUACGGAUCCACCAGCUAAGUAUGAGCGCCCGCGGGUCCAGAGCCCACAGCGCGCACAUCUCCUCCUUCUCCCUGCUCUUUUCCCUCGUAAUGUCAACGUUCAGGUCAACGUCGUGACACCGCGACGAACUCUGCUCCGUUUUUCAGCCUUCUUAUUGUUUCGUUUUUUCUCUCAAAUUUGUGAACGUUGCUGAGUUGUUGUUUUUUUUCCUCUAUAUUUUUUUUUUUUGGGAGGGGGGGGCUUCAUACUAUUUUGCAGUGUUAGAUUGCGGUGUGUGAGGUGGCACAAGAGCGAAGCGCGAGGUCAGGCACUUGAUUAACAGUAAACGCUUGAGCUUUUUCUUUACACAGGUCUGACAUUUUUGCAGGUCGCAACAAUGCUCCAUUUCAUUCUGUUUUUGUGUUUGACUCUAGAUUGAUACAGAUGCCUUACUUCCAUCCAUCAGCCUUCUUGUUGUUGCUAGAGACAGCUGGUUCCCUCGACAUCUUAUUCCUCACAGUUUCUUUUCGUCGAAGGUCUCACUAACUUUGCGGAGGGCCGUGAUGGGAAGGUGUAUUUUGUAUUUUUGAAUAUCUUCACUUUUGCUCUCCACGUCUGCAUUGGUGAGAAGGAGCAUGUUUAUUUGCCCCGUGCCUUUGGAGAUUCUUGUAACGCCGCCACUCGUCGACACACCGGUCAGUCUGCGCUCCAGAAUGUUCUGCCGCCGUCUUCUUCUUAUUAACCCGCUCCAUUCAAGUUGUCCUAGAUGCAACUCAUUAAAACAGCUCACAGGGCCAGUGUUGGCCGUUGGUUUGUGGAGAGCCGCGCGCGUACCGAGAGGUUUUCAAUGGCUCAGAGCAGCUCGCUGCCCCCCCCCCCCGCUGAUUGAUGGAUGGGAUCGGCAAACAUUACAUCUGACUGUAUACAGCAGUAUUGGGAUAGGUAUUCAAAUGCCAGUGUAUUUCCUGCAACACUAAUGCUGAAACAAUCAAUCAUUCAACGGAAAAUAAUCAACAACAAGUCAUUUUGGUCAUUUGUCAAGGAACAAAAUGCCCAACAAACCAAUGACUGUGUGUUUGAUUGCAAUCCAUUUGGCUCCGGCGUAUCCAACUCGCUGGGUGUUAUGCCACUUUAUACCAGGGCCACAUGCCAACAAACUGUUGUAUGUCAUCAAAAUGUAAAUUCAGUUACUUGUAUAACGGAUUUCUGUGUUUUUUAACGAAAACAUCCCCAUAUUGCAACAGUUAUUGCAUUUUACCCCUGUCUAUAACAGCUGGAUUUCUGACACUUUUGCCUUAUGGCAUAACGCAUAUCCUUUAACCAGUACUUUAAAGAAUACUUUCACUGAUUGCACUCACAUCCUGAAUCAAUAGAAUCAAACGUCAAUCAUACCUGAGCACUCUUGAACCCUGGAACUAUAGGUUCGCAAAAUAAUCUCAGCACACAACUGAGUAAACGCUAAGUGCUGAUGAAAACUGAGAUCUGGUUAGAGGGAUUUGAGAAUGUUAAAUUGAACUCAAGUAGUAUUAUUUUGUCAAAUUAAUUGAAUACCGGUGCAUUCAUUCAUACCAGCAAACAAACACCCAUGUCUGAAGGGUCAUACAGUCCUGUUUCCAGACUUAAAUGGACAUCUGACAGCUUAUCAGGAAUUCAGAAUAUUCAUUGUGAUGUGCAUUUUUGUUCAUUUUCUCACAUUUUGUAGACUGACUAAAAUGAUAAAUAAUCGUUUUUUUUAGGAGCCCUAUCCUUCAUCCAUCUGGACGACACACAAGUCGUCAUGCCAGUGCAUAACGUGCAUAAUCAGCCAUUGCCGUCGAGGCGAAGGGGGUUUAAAGUUCUGCCAAUUGUGCCAGUCUGAUAAUUGAAAUCUAGUCACCAGCUUAGACAUCAUUUGGCACCAUGUAUGGUCAUACUUCGUGAAUCUGUCCUUUCUUGUCAGUCGUAUUGGCUUUUUCAAUGUGGUAUGUGUUGUCAUUGUUCAGUUAUAUAUUACGGCCAAACCCCGCUGCUCAGGUAUUCAGACCUGCUUCCCCUUACGUUUUGAUAGCCCCUGAGUGGCAGGAGCAGAUAUACCACUAAUCUGUCAGCACACUACACGAGGGGCUAUUUAAUGGUCUGACUUGAAGAAUGGAGAGCCUGAUAUUUGCCGUGAUUUAGCAGACAUUAAAACAUUUUAAUGAAUUAGAGCAGGCCUGAAGGUCUUCUGUGGGAAAAGGGCAUAGGAGUAAUGGUACUAAUGACACCCACACAAGACUAAUGUAUCAAGAUUUAGGGAGAACUAAAUCAGGACAAUCCCAUCAAGAUGACACCCGGAAGAUUCAAGUUGUGUGUGUGUGUCCAGGAUUAUUAAAUUACCCUACGGUGUCUUUUCCAGAUGACCAUUUUUCUGUUUAGGGGAAGAAAAUAGUUUAAACUAAUUUAAUGUAUUUGACCGUGGUUCAGCGCUUCGGGCAGCUGAAGAAUGGUGGACAUUCAAAUCGCAGAACACAAGGUCAGUAUGGAGGAAGAGUUUCACCCAGGGGAGGAGCGGAAAUGCCUGUGUCUCUGUCAAAUUAUCGUGGACGGCAGGUGCAAAGAAACAAGUUAGAAGCAACGUUGCAGAAUCCAAGGACAUGUCUGGUACAAGUUUGUGUUACAUGUGUCACAAGACAAAAGGCUUCAUUCAGUUCAGUGUUGGUUGUUUUGGUGGUCUUAUGUGGGGGUUUAUCCGUGUUCGUCCAUUCAUCACAGAAUGUUAUUGUUAAGCUCAACACAUGUUUGCACAGGAAAUGCAUCUUUCUGGCUGAAUUAUUGAUGACAUGAACUGAAAAAAGGUCAACAGUACUCCGUUUUUGAACUUGUGUCUGGGGUACAUGGAAGCAUCGGCAACCUCUUUGUUUUUGUGGCGUAUCGGUACCGUGGAGAGGUUUCAGUUUGACUUUUAUUUCUCUUAUUUGAAUGGUUCUUCAUUUUUAAAUGUAUUUUGUUUCAACAAAACAUUCUGCACAAAGGUCAAGUGUUGCUUUAAAAUAACGAAUCCGAGCCAGUGCAAAGAGAUCUCUCUUGACUUCAGACAGUGAACUGUACUGUAUGUGCUUUGUUGUAUUGAUUAGAAACAAUGCUCCCAACCGGGAGACCAAACUGUGGUGUCCUACUUCCAAUUGCAAAUUCUCUGUUAAACCCAGAAUCUGAACAAUCCACCAGCAGAGCAAGUUGCUAUCACACACAGCCUUUUGUUGCAAUGACACAACCACUACCUGUUACAAGGUAGUAUACCAGUGCACAGUGGGAGACAUCAGUAUAACAAUCUGCUUGUGCUUGUUAUACCAACACAACUUUGCAAUAUUCUUGCUACUCCCAGUAUCACAAAAGGAAACAAAUUAGUUACCCCCCUCCAAAAAAAAACCCACGUACUUCCAUAAAGACGGAUGAAGAAACACAAUUAGAGCUCUGGGUGACGCUUGGCCUGUCUGUCGCGACUCCUCAGUAUUUUGAUGUCUGGGUGAUCUCCGUGAGAUCGUGGCCGUAACGUUUUCACAUUGAAAAGACAUCAGCUGAUCUCGAUAUGCUGAAGCUGUGCAUGUACGAUAUUGUUUGGUGCAUUUGUGUUUUCUAAACGAAGGGAGUUAAUAAAAACAAUCCACUGAGGA